CACCAAAUUAGCCGAAUUUGAAGGUCCUCCUAUGUGUUAUACUCAAGAGCAGAUUAGGAUAUAAGUUUUGAUGAUAAUCUGAAGGAGAUGCAAGAUAACCCUCAUUGAAGUUCAUGAACUUGUCAUUCUUCUGUAUUAUCCCAAAAUACGAAAAAUUCAAAACUUAGGAAAACUUCUGCUAACACCCUUAGCGAGCAGGGGUAUUCUCAAUUCUCUAAGACUCACAGUGCUUUAAAAAUAUCUAAAAUUUUAGAAGAGAUCGCUUCAGUAAGCAGCGGAGAUUCUCCUGAUCAUUUUGAGAAUAAACGUAACUCCUCUAUCCAUUUAAAACCAAUUUCAAAAGCAAAGAAGAAACGGAGUAAAAUGCUACAUAAGAAGAGGCACAAUUCUGUUUGGUGUAAGGAACAGAACCGGAACGAUCCUCUCCAAGACUAUUCUGAUGAAUUUGCCAUGGUCAGAUCAUCAGUUAAGAGUCAUAUACAGAAGAGUCAUGGCUCCACCAAAUCUCUUCGUAGGGUAAGGAAAGUGUCCUCGAUCAUGACUGUGAGUUUGAAUGACUUCUAACCAAGGUUGAAAGCCAAGUACUGCAUCACCUCUCUAAGGUUCCAAAUGUUCACUAAAAUCUCACCUAAAGUUUAUUCUAAAAGUUAUC